UAAAAUGAUUUUUUAAAAAUGCGAUUAGUUGAUUAGUCAUCAGAAUAAUCGAUAGAUGACUAAAAUAAUCAUAGCUGCAGCCUUAAUCUGAUGUGUUCUGGACUCGGCGGUCAUCCCGUGAAGAGCACCUGGUCCUCCAGGUGUCUCUAUUUAUACCAGCCGAGCGGCUCUUUUCCGUCAGUGAUCCUCUUAGCGUCCCACGCUGUGGCAGCAGCGUGGAGCAGCUUUACCGGUGAUAGUUCAGGCUGCGAGCCGAGCUGCACACAGCAACAGGUUCCUCCACGGCCGAGGGCCCACCGGGUGUUGUUUCGAGGAGGUUGCCACGGUAACCGACCGGCUAGAGAGCAGCGAGAUGUCGAGCGGAUCGGAUAUGUCUCUGCUUGACUGCACCGGAGCCCGAAUCUCCGGGUGCUGGUCACUGAGAAGCGACCGCAGUGGGAGCGGAGAGGACUCGCUGGACCGGCUCCUGCCUCACACCGGGGCCCCCCGCAGGAAGAGCGCCACCUCUCUGAGUAAAACAGAACCACCUCUGCUCCGCACCGGCACACGUACCAUCUACACCGCCGGCCGCCCUCCCUGGUACGACGAGCACGGCGCUCAGUCCAAAGAGGCUUUUGUCAUCGGGCUGUGUGGGGGCAGUGCCUCAGGGAAGACCACUGUGGCCAACAAGAUCAUCGAGGCGCUCGAUGUGCCGUGGGUUGUGCUUCUGUCUAUGGAUUCUUUCUAUAAGGUUUUAUCCCCAGAGGAGCAGCUCCUGGCAGCGCAGAACGACUACAACUUUGACCAUCCGGGGGCGUUCGACUUUGAGCUGCUGGUGGCCACACUGCGAAAGCUGAAGCAGGGAAAGAGCGUCAAGAUCCCAGUGUAUGACUUCACCACGCAUGGGAGGCAGAAAGACUGGAAAAAUGUGUACGGCGCGAGUGUUAUCAUAUUCGAGGGAAUAAUGUCUUUUGUAGACAAAGAGCUUCUUCAGCUGCUGGAUAUGAAAAUCUUUGUGGACACAGACUCAGACAUCCGACUCGUCCGCCGGCUCCGCAGGGACAUCACAGAGCGCGGCCGGGACAUUGAAGGCGUCAUCAAGCAGUACAACAAGUUUGUGAAGCCUGCCUUUGAGCAGUACAUUGAACCCACCAUGAGGCUGGCCGACAUCGUUGUGCCUCGAGGUGGUGGGAACAUGGUGGCCAUCGAUCUGAUAGUUCAGCACGUCCACAGCCAGCUGGAGGAGCGUGAGCUCAGUGUCAGAGCUCUGCUCGCCUCGGUCCAGCAGACGCAGCCGCUGCCUCAGACGCUCAGCGUGCUGGAGAACUCGCCGCAGGUCCGCGGCCUGCACACCAUCAUCAGGAACAGAGAGACGAGCCGAGAUGAGUUCAUCUUCUACUCAAAGAGAUUAAUGCGUCUUCUCAUCGAACAUGCUCUGACUUUUCUACCCUCUCAGCCUUGUGCAGUUCAGACUCCGCAAGGCCCGGACUACGACGGGCGCAGUUACAAGGGGAAAGGAAUCACCGGCGUCUCCAUCCUGAGGGCAGGAGAGACCAUGGAACCCGCCCUGAGGGCCGUGUGCAAGGACGUCCGCAUUGGGAAGAUCCUGAUCCAGACCAACAUGGACUCCGGCGAGCCAGAGCUGCACUACCUGCGCUUGCCCAAAGACAUCAGCGAGGAUCACGUCAUCCUGAUGGACAGUACCGUCUCCACCGGCGCCGCGGCCAUGAUGGCGGUCCGGGUUCUGCUGGAUCAUGAGGUUCAGGAAGAAAAGAUCAUGCUGGUGUCGCUGCUGAUGGCUGAACUGGGAGUGCACUCUGUGGCCUACGCCUUCCCAAAGGUCAAGAUCAUCACCACCGCUGUGGACAAGGACCUGGACGGAUCCUUCCACGUUAUUCCUGGUAUCGGAGACUUUGGGGACCGGUACUUUGGGACGGACGGGUCGGUUGGUUGGAGCGAUGAAGAGAACCAGGAGUCAGUGUGACUCUGAUUAAUGCACAGACACCAAAUAUAUUCUUAUAUUAAUUUUACACACUGCAGACCAUUUUUUGUAUUAUAAAACAGCUACAAAUGUGCUGAAUAUUUCUAUAGAGAUUGGUGCCAUCACCUGCAUUGCAAUAAUCCCAUUUAUUUCAUAAUCUAAACCAGGAUAUGAAUGAAUUAAACUGAACAUGCUUGAAAUUUGCAGAUUUAUAUAAUUUUUAGGUUUAAUGUAACAGAACAAAUGUCAACAGGAAAAACAUAAGAUCACUGUAAUGUUCAUUUUGUUUUUUGUUUAGCAUGUUAUAUAAUUAUGUGUCUUCAUUUCCAAGAAAUGCUGCACCUUCAUGUAACAUAAAAAAAAAGCUAUGCAAAAAUAUUAAAACUUAGCUGCUAAAGUUACUUACUAAGUA